AACUACAGGGGUACAGACAAAAUUGUAUGCUGAUUGCGGAAGUUAUUUUUAGCGCCUGCCACCCGGCUUUUGCAUUCUGCACCCCUCUAACCUGGCUAAGCCCCCUCCUGCCUUCGCCACCAGGUAAAGUCUUCCCCCGUGCUGCUGCCGCCCGUCUUGCCACGCUGUUACCGGCCCCAGGACCCGCAGCUUCUUCCCUCCGCCUUCUUCACAGCAACACAGGCUCAAAGUUUGGGGGCUUUCUUUUCGCUGCCCUGUGUGUGUGUGUGCCGGCAGUUGAUUCAGGGUUUUGUGGAUCAGCGUGACUGGAGUUACCAAAAAAAAAAAAAAAAAUCACGGAAGACCGGAAAGAGAGCGUGGUUUGGUAGUAGGCCAGAGAACAUUGAAUCACUACAGCUCCUUCAUCCCCUCCAUCGAUCGAGCAGCGGGUCGAGUCGAGAAGCGCCCUGGGAAGGUGGUCCGGCGCUGGGUCUGUUUGUCUACCUGUGACAAGUUUUUGGUAACAUCUGAACAUUUUCAGCGAACCUCUAGCGCCGCCCUCUGCCACCAACGCCGCCUGUUUGUUUGAAUGGUUGGCUGUAUUUUUUAAAUUUAUAAUAGCUAUCUUCACCCGUUUGGUGCACCCUUCAGCCACCCACCCGUGUUACCCAUAAAACAUUCGAAUUGUUUUCGAUCGCCAACUGAUAAUGUUCAGCAGAUUAUCGUGUUGAUGUGUUGGAGCACUGCCGGCAGAAACUGAUCACCUUCGGUCGUCCACUAUUUAUCUGGGAAAGGGGCCACCGCAAGCAAGAUCGCACCAAAAGUUCGUGAAACUUUUGCCUGUUGGUUUUGUUGUGUGGCUGAGAGAUUUUUCUUUCUGCGGGGGAGAAGUGAUGGGAGGGGAAAGUUUUGGCCUGUGACCGAAUUCCGCAACGAACACCUCCAAAGUUCGUCGCCUGUCCUGCUAUCCGGUGGCAAGGGACUCUUGAGGGGCCAGUCAGCUCCCCUGUGGCGUUAGUGCGUGCGUAUCGUUGCACAGCUACACUCGGCGAGUCGCACUGUACGGCCACAGAAGGUAACGAGUGUUGUUGCUAUCACACGACAAACCCUUGCGGCAGGCGGCACAGACCGUGCGCACUGUGAUCGUCACACAUCACACGACAAAGGACGCGUGCUAUUUACCUGGGCCUUUUUGUGUGGUGCUACACUUCAAGUGUCUUCUUCAGGGCUCGGCAGCCUCAGUUCCCUUUUUUGUUUUUUUUAAAUAGUUCAUUGUGGAAAUAGCCGGAGUUGUGGAGGAUAAGGCGGUGUUCAAGCUGGUCCCUCGGAGACCUGACAGGAUUCCCAUACCCUAAGAAUGGCAGAGUCCGACCAAUCAUCAUCCGUCCCGUCACAGACUGAGACUGCAAAAUUCUUUAAAGAAUUUCUUGCCCAAGCAAAGGAGGAAUUUCAAAAGAAGUGGGAUCAUCCACCUCCACCAGAUAACACACACUGCCUGGAUGACUUUGACAGAAUCAAAACUCUUGGCACGGGGUCCUUUGGCAGAGUCAUGUUGGUUCAACAUAAAGGUGGCAGCAAGGAGUAUUAUGCCAUGAAGAUAUUAGACAAACAGAAAGUGGUGAAGUUAAAACAAGUGGAGCAUACUCUAAAUGAGAAGAGGAUUCUACAGGCUAUAUCCUUUCCAUUUCUGGUCAGCCUAGAGUUUGCAUUCAAGGACAACUCCAAUCUCUAUAUGGUUUUAGAGUUUGUCAACGGUGGAGAGAUGUUUUCACAUUUACGGAGGAUAGGGAGAUUCAGCGAGCCGCAUUCCCGAUUUUACGCUGCACAAAUUGUCUUGGUGUUGGAAUACUUGCAUCACUUGGAUAUAAUGUACCGAGAUUUAAAACCUGAGAACUUACUGAUAGAUUCCCAAGGUUAUCUCAAGGUGACAGAUUUUGGUUUUGCCAAGCGAGUCAAGGGUCGCACCUGGACACUUUGUGGUACACCUGAAUACCUAGCACCGGAGAUCAUUCUGAGCAAGGGUUAUAACAAGGCAGUAGACUGGUGGGCAUUGGGUGUCCUCAUCUAUGAAAUGGCUGCUGGGUACCCACCAUUUUUUGCAGAUCAGCCUAUACAGAUCUACGAGAAGAUUGUAUCUGGCAAGGUGCGUUUCCCUUCCCACUUCAGCUCAGACCUGAAGGACUUACUGCGCAACUUGCUGCAGGUGGACCUAACCAAGCGCUUUGGCAAUUUGAAAAACGGUGUGAAUGACAUUAAAAAUCACAAAUGGUUCUCGACUACUGACUGGAUUGCAAUCUAUCAGAAAAAGGUGGAAGCCCCAUUUGUGCCAAAGACAAGAGGUGGUGGAGAUACCUGCAACUUUGAUGACUAUGAGGAAGAGCCUCUUCGCAUCUCUUCCACAGAGAAAUGUGCCAAGGAAUUUGCAGACUUUUGAGUUAACAUCUGUCUGGCAGAUGAUUGGCUGGCCUGCACGUGUGUAUGUGCAAGUGUGUUUGUGUGUGUGAAUAUACACAUAUGCAUGAAAGAAAGCUAUGCAUGGAUCUUCAUGUGUGUCCAGUCACGGCUUGUGCCCACAUCGGUCAGCGCCAGUAUGUAAUGUGUGGCCAUGAAGCCCACCUUUGGCAGAAAAGAGCCAGCAAAAACUGGCUGGUGGCACCAUUUCACCAUCCGAGACUUCCCUUCUUGUGCAUACAGGACUUACCCCAUUUGAUGCUCCUCCUUACCCUCUCACACCACUCACAUCUCGCAUUGGACACUGUGGGCCAUGUUGUGGCACUUGAACCUUGUUAACGCACAGCCUCCUGUUUCUUCAGGGACUUGUAGUAGCACAAGAGAUUUUGCUAUCCUGAAGAGCAUAGACCAAUGACAGACUGCCUUGGUCUGCUCAAGGAAAAACCAAGAAAGCAGAAGAGCCACAAAGGGUGUGCAGCACCAGGGACUACAAGAGAGCUUGCUUUGCCCAGCAUUUGCUCUCCAGUAGUUUCUCAGUGUUCAGUUUGGAGUUGUGGCAGAAAUAAUUGGGAGGCUUAAAAAAAAAAAAAUGGAAAAGGAGCAAUUGAGAUGUGGAUAUGACCGCUUUACUAAAAUGUCAUUUAUCCUUCAAGGACAUUUGUUGGUGCUUCUUAGACACCUUGCAUCCUGUUUGACCUCUGUCCCGUUUUGACUUGGGGGAAUGACAGGGAGGGUUUUGCACAGAAUCUACUGUUUGCAGUGCCCAUCAGCAUUUGCCACUCACCCCUCCUCCCUUUCCCCCUUAUUCCUUAGCUGAGAGGCCGAGACUACAGUGGGCUUACUGCGUACUGUUCAUAGUGGUGACAUUGUUGAUAUUAUAUGACGUAAUGAUUUUGACUGUGUCUGAGUGUGUGUUGUGCCUGUCUUUCAGUAUAUUUCAGUUGUGUUCGCUUGGGCUUACACUGCCAAGUCUGGAGCCUCCAUGUCAGAGUGACUGUAGUGGUCAGUGCAUUGGGAUGCAAUGGGAUAUGCUCAUUGUCAGCCAGCUCCUUAACUAAUGUAGAGCAUGGCAGUAAUGGCUCGUUCAGUUAGCAGCGUAGUGGUGCCUGACAUAAUGCACAAAGUCAUCCUCGGACUGUGCAAGUAGUUUGGUCCCUCCUGAUUUUGUUCAUCUUCAAACUUGGGCAUAAUUUUGUUUAGAAAUGCUGCCUCUUUAUGCAGCAUGCAAGCAACAAAGUUUACUGAACCAUGCACCCACUUUCUCUCUUAGGGGAUAAUAGACUUGGGGGCCUCCUGUCUACAAAAAAAAAAAAAAUUGUGUGUUUUCAGGGGAGUUUUUUCCUUGCUUCUUUGUCCCUAAUUUUUCAGAAAAUGUUACAACCUGUGUCUUCUCUUACCUUCUUCAGUAAAAGCAUGUCAUAGAAGUGUCAUGAGUAUGUAGGCAAAAUGCACUUGGGCAGAAGUUUGUUGGAAUGUUCUGCAUAUACAGAGUUAAAGUGGAGAAUGACCACAUUUUAAUUAGCAAGUAACCUUUCUGCUCGAAAGGUAGUUACCUGAGGCCAGCAAGGCUAAAGGGAGGUCAUUCCCACCCUCCUUUGCCCUGUGAAAUAUAAUCUGUGGGUAGAGGGGUCAGCUGUUUCAUGGUUGCUCUCAGGUAAGAACUAAUAGUUACAUUCGGAAGCAACACAGGUGAAAAGCAGCCGGUCACUGUUUGACCCUCAAGUUGAACAUAAUAAUCACAUUGUGAUGAUCCAAUAAAUCAGCAGUUGCAUCAGUGCAUAAUUCUGCUUGCUUUUCACAGUUAACUCUGAUCCUCUCCUGCCUGCACUUUGACACUCUUGUACUGGAAAAAUAAACAAUGUUAUUUGAAAGUGCUUUUUUCUGCUUGAUUUACUAUGUCUUUGUACCUAUAUAUUUCUUUGUACAUAUCACAGUUGUCAUGUUCAUUGAAUAGUUGACCUUCUAGUGCAUUGAAAAUCUUAUUAUGUACUGUUGGAGACACCUUGAUGUCACUGGGUGCAUCCAUUUCAUUCUCUUUAGUUGUGCUUUGUCAAAUGUUACAUUUAAUGUGCUAAAAUGUAAGACAGUUUAACAUGUAGGUUUUCUCUUCUUUUUUUUUUUUUCAAAUCUUGUGUAUACCUGGAGAUUGUUUGAACUCUAGAUCUGAUGUCAUUAAAAAAAAUGAACAUUU